CUCCGCCCACCUAUGGGCCUCCGCUCAGUCGUGUAUCAGUGAGACACAGAUUUGACCAGAAACAGACAGACAGCAGUGAAAACAACAUCACUGUCAUUAUACUAGAAUAAACUUUUUUUUUCUUUCAUUAAUUAAAACACUAUCCUUAUUAAACUACUGAAGUCUCGUCACUGAUCAACGUGUUUGGCAUUGCAUCUUUGAGUUAAGCGACUCACUUAUAUUUGCAAUGGAGGAGCUUCAUAUCCAUUGCCUGAAAUGUGUCAACCGCCGAUGUAUGAUAAGACCAGAACCUAAUGUUUCCUGUGACCUUAUGGGUUGCCCUCUUGUGUGUGGAGCAGUUUUCCACUCAUGCAAACUGAAUGAACAUCGCUUGCUGUGUCCAUACGAAAGAGUCCCGUGUCUGAACUUUGGAUUUGGAUGUCCGUUCAACCUUGCCAGAGUCAAAAUGGCACAGCACCUUGAAACAUGCCCAGCCAGCAUUGUGUGUUGCACUAUGGAAUGGAAUCGAUGGCCAGUGAGUUACUCAGAUCGCAAUUCCUACGAUAACUUGAGUAAGGAGGUUUGUGAUGUGGAGCAGCUCGACAUGGCUUUGGCUCUCCAGGAUCAGCGGAUGUUGCUGGAGUCGCUUAAAGUGGCGACCACUGUGACAAAAGCUCUGGAAGAGCAAAAUCAGGACAAUUCUAGCCACCAGGAGUCGAACCCUGAAAAUGAAUUCAUUGAAACGGACGAGGAACCGUAUGGUGGACCUUACACAACUUCAGUGGAAAACAGUAGAAGCUUUGUCGCCACUUUGGACGUUCUCCGUAGUGCAAAAAAUAUUGACUUCAUUGUGGAGAAUACCAGUGGUGAGGAACAGAAUGGAGAUUGCAGCGGUGUCAGGAAUGGCGAUGGGGAGUUUAACAAUGACACAACAAAGGAAAGUGACACUGAUUCGGAUUCUGAUCUGGGAGCGGUAGGCGGUGCUGAUUGUCCUUUUCCAGUAGACCCUGAAGAUGAAAGAGAUGAUUGGUUGGAGAACAGUGGAUGCGGUGAAUCUUCUGAAGAAGAAGGCGAAAAGAAUGGUGGGAUAGAACUCAGUGAACUUCAUAAUGAAGGGGAUGGUGACAGCCAGGUCAGACUUGAAAGGGUCAGUUGCUCUUCAAACGUAAGGCAGGUUUUACCUGAUCAUUCCAUACCUGUUCUAGCACAGGAGCCUGAAAUGGCCCACUUGCCUCAGCUACCUCUUCCUUUGCCCAUCCCUGUGCCUAACCUGAUGCACAACAAUGUUCUGCACCAUUUGCCUUUCAGAAUUGAGGACCGAUGGCUGUUGCGCAAGUUGGAAAAUCUCCAGGCACUCAGGGGAAUGAACUUGUUUACAAUCAACGGGCGAAGGACUCUGUUUUCCGACCCCUAUUUAUUCAAAGCCAAGAUGGUGGACAAGGCAGUGGACACAUCAGACCUUGAGGUGGCAGAUGAUCUGAUGGGUCUUCAUGGCAUUGACCUCAUCACCGCUGCCUUGCUCUUUUGUUUGGGAGACUCACCAGGAGGUAGGGGCAUCUCAGACUGCCGCUUUGUAGACGGUUAUCACAUUGACUUUGGUACACAGACCUUCUCCCUCCCUUCUGCCAUACUGGCAACCAGCACCAUGGUUGGUGACAUCGCCUCAGCUUCUGCCUGUGACCACGCCAGUCCACAACUCUCCAACCCCAGUCCAUUUCACACCCUCAGACUAGACCUCGUUCUGGAGUGUGUGGCACGCUAUCAGACCAAACAGCGCUCGAUGUUCACCUUCGUAUGCGGACAGCUGUUUCGCAGGGAUGAAUUCUCCUCCCAUUUUAAGAAUGUCCAUGGUGACAUACAUGCUGGCCUUAAUGGUUGGAUGGAGCAAAGGUGCCCAUUGGCGUACUAUGGAUGCACCUUCUCACAAAGAAGGUUCUGUCCUUCGGUACAAGGUUUCAGAGUCAUCCAUGACCGACACCUGGGCUCUUUUGGUGUGCAGCCUGGAUUAGCAGCUUGUCCCAAUGAGCCUCUAUCUAGAACUGACACCUGUCAGUUCAGGUCCCACUGUGAUCACCUUAGUGACCUGCCCUUUGAGUUACUCCAGUAUAUUGCGAGCUUCUUGGAUGGCUUUAGCCUGUGCCAACUCUCCAGGGUGUCUCGCACUAUGAGGGACGUGUGUGCUAGUCUUCUUCAGUCCCGCGGCAUGGUGGUCCUGCUCUGGGAGAAGACAAAGCAAGUUGAUGGAACCUCGUCUUGGCAGAUACAAGACAAGGUAUGGAGGUUCAGUACGGCAUUUAACACUGUGAACGAGUGGAAGUUUGCCAACAUUUCCAGCAUGGCCGACCACCUCAAGAUGUGCACAUUCAACACCAUAACACGGAGAGAAGAGGCUGUCCCACUUCCAUGUAUGAGUUUUACAAGAGAACUUACAAAAGAGGGACGCUCUCUACGUUCAGUGCUUAAACCGGUGAUAUAGACUGUAGUCAAAAUGCAGAAGAGGAUUUCAUUUUAGAAUAUAACAUGCCUUAUGUGUUUAGAUGAACCAUGGGAUUGUUUGGCAAUGUAUUCAUUAAAAUAAGAGCCUAAACUUGAUAAACCACUUUUGGAAGAGAUGUUUUUUUGUUUCGUUUUUUAUAAACAAUAUCUACCUGCUGUAUUGAUGAUGGUUGUGCUGUUUUGCGUUUUUGAUACAAUAUAUUCAGUCUUUUUUUUUUCUUUUUUCUAUAAAUUUGUUGCUUUUCUUGAACUAUGUAGCUUCAACCCAGAAACACUGAAUUUUUAAAAUGGUGAUGACCAAACAAAAAACCAUUGUCUGCAUUUUUGUAAUGCAGGAAUACACAAUACAAGGGUUUCUAUCAUGAAGAUCAGUGGUUCUUAACUGGUUUUACUUUUGGACCCAAAUUUACAUUGUACCUGAAAUGGUGACUGUAAGCUGUCUUUUCUGUUGCCUUGGUCAUGUUAGCAUUGUUGUUUUUUUGUGUGUUUUUUUUUUUGUUUUUUUUUUGCCUGUUUUCACAGAACAGACCAGCAAACAACCAGUUGAGAACCACUUAUGUAGACUUUAAUCUCCUGAUUUGUCUCAUUUAAAAGUCUAUAAAUGAUAGUCUUAUACAUUUUUCCCUUUUUAUCAGUUUGUCAGAAUGAAAACAUAACAGUUCAUUCUCUGAGAAGCAUUUAUGGUAUCCAGUUUUAGUUUAGUUGUAUACAACACUUAGAACUUGAUACUGUCACACAUAACACUCCCAGUGGUCAUCCUCUGUGUCUUUUGAAAAGUAAACGGAUUCAUGUAAAUGUACUUUAUCUAUAUUGAUGGCAUGUGCUGCAUUACAAUCUCCCUGAUGCUGAGUCACUGCACAAAACCUGCAGGGCAGGUACAAGACUGCAGUUGUAGCCUGUUUUUGGUGGCAUACAGUGCAUGUGCAGAUGUAUUUCUCUGUCUCUCAAGGGUUUAACAUCAAGCAUAUGCCAUUAUAGACAGUUUAUCUGUGAGAAACUUGAUGUGAGCUUGUGAUUCUCUUCCACUUUUAUUUGUUGAUGGUUUAAAAGUCAAGUUUACAGUAUGUUUUCAGGUGUGCAGUUACAGUUUUUCAGUUUGCUAAACAGUCUGAAAUGUUGCAAUAUUUUCAGUCUUGUUUAAGGAAUUAGCUGUGUGAUAUGACAGUCCUUACGUUUAUGUUGUGUGAUGACAAUAGAGCAAUAUUCUGAAACGUUUGAGUUUCUGAAUCUAAUUCUAGCAUCUUUGAGAACUGAAGAGUCAUAAAAUGCUUAUUUUUAAAGACUUUAUCAGAGUUAACAUCAGUCGAAGUGCAAAAUGUUGUCUUUGAGUGUUUUUUUUUGUUUGUUUGUUUUUGUUUUUUUGCUGAAGGAACAAAUGCAUUCAUUUAUUGCAUCGUUUUUUGUUUUUGAAGAAUUGUGAUUUUUGAAUCUAUUUAAAUAUAUUUACUCUUAAGUUUUCCAGCCAUAAAUAUUAUUAUAUGAGUGAACUCAGGUAUUUAAAGAUGAACUGUGGAAAGGUUAGGUCAGAAAAAGUACUAUUUGGUUUCCUUUCCUUUUUUUUUUUUUUUUUUUGAAAGUAAGUGUACAAUUAAUUUACUCUCCAAACCCUGACAUUUUUGUAAUACAGUUUUCAUAUUUGCAGUUUUAUAUGACCUCAUAGUUCUCAAACCCAUUUUUCUAUUGUAAAUAAUCAAAACGUUUGUCCAUCUGUAGGUUAACUAACCUAAACAGUUGUUUCACAUCAGCAGUUGUAUCAUCAUUUGCAUUUUUUUAAUAAUAUUUUAAUUUAAUAAAGUGUGAGAAAUCCA